AUGACGGAUUUUGGAGGCAUCCAUGCCUUCUUUUCAGGAGCGAGACGCAACACAUUGCGGUCCCGCUCUUCCUGCGAAGUGCCGACAGAAGUACUGGCACCUCGCUGUGAAGUGGUGUCCAUAGGAGAACCGACACCACUGUUAGCGCCCGAGUCUCGCGACCUCGAGCGCCUUCGCUUCGGCGAUGGUUCAUCUGAUUCAUCGGAUGAACCAAAGAUGCUGUGA